UGAGCAAAGCCUUUGCCCUAGUAAGAUUUGGUCUUGAAUUUUGGCGUUGUGUAAUAUUGUUGUGGUGUGGAGGGCGGUAAGCUUUUGCGACAACACAGGCAAAGUUUGAUGUCUUUGUCGAUCAUGUAGUGCUCGCGCCACGACGCGUGGAUUGAUCAAUUCUUCUCGCGAUGGGGACAGCAGUGGGAUAUGCGCUCAGAAAACUUUCUGUUUAUGUAUCAGCUGUGGCCAUGAUAUUAUUUACGAUUGUGCAUAUAACCCUGUUGAAAUUUCUGUCAUUCGUUUCCCCGGGACUGAUGAGGAAAAUCCAUCUAAAAAUGGGAGAGAAGUCGACGAUGACUCAGAAUCCCAAAUUCAGAUACGAAGACUGGGGUCCGACUUUCUUUUCUCUGAGGUUCAUUAAAGCCGUGCUCUCCGUGAACUGGUGCUCGCUGGGCCUGGAGGCGUUUGAGGGGCACGCGGCUCCGGACACAGCUUUAUUCACCCUGGAUGGACAGAAAACGAGCAUUCAUCGUUUUCUUAAAGGGAACCGUCCACUGGUUCUGAGUUUCGGAAGCUGCACAUGACCCCCAUUUCUCUUCAAACUUGACGAGUUCAAACAACUUGUCAAGGACUUCAGUGAUGUAGCAGAUUUCCUCGUUGUUUACCUUGCAGAAGCGCAUGCAACUGAUGCUUGGGCCUUUGAAAACAACAUCGACAUCAGCGUGCACAAAAACUUGGAGGAGAGACUGGCUGCGGCCCGGACCCUGGUCAAAGAAGACCCCCUCUGCCCUGUGGUAGUGGAUGAGAUAACCAACAUCACUGCCAGCAAAUACGGAGCCCUGCCUGAGCGCCUUUAUGUCAUUCAGAGUGGGAAAGUUAUCUAUCAGGGUGGCAUCGGACCUUGGGGGUACAACCCUGAAGAGGUUCGAAAAGUUCUGGAGAAAAUUAAUUAAAAGAGAGAAAAAUUUAAGUUUUCUAUCCAUGAUUGCAUUGAUAUAUUUGCUCUUUUCCUUGUGUUUGCUUGUGACGGAUACAGAUUAAACCAGCUGGUCUCUGUACCUUGAUGUUUCAAACACAGGGGGAAGUCAAAUGUAAGUCGGUGACAGUAUCUUUAGCAUAUAUUUUUUAAUGGAAUUUGUAAUCAAAUGUUUUAGUAUUUUUUGGUAAACAUUGAUAUAUUUUUUCUGCUUUAAUGCAAAUGCAUAAUUAUUAUACCAGCAUUGCAUUCAAAGACUAUAUAAAUAUCCAUCAGCAGAGAUUGUGAAGGGCAUCUGUGCUUGUAAGAUUUUUUUCUGAACUUGUGACUGUAAAUGAUUCUUACAGGGUAAAACUGAACUGUAAACUGAUAAUUCAGUCAUUUGUUCUAAACAAAUUUAGAAGCACAGAUUUCACUGAAUACACAGUUUUCAACAAAUAUUCAAAUAAACAGUCAUAUACAUCUCAUAAGAGUGAGUGUAUGUCAUUGUAUAUCAAUGGUGUGUGCUUGUCCUUCAGUGAAAAGCACAUCUUGAACUGCUCUUUUAUCCAUGCUUGACCUGACAAAUAUUUCAAAUAAUUUCUUUUAAGCUGCACAGUUCGAACAAUAACAAUGUAAUUUUCACAAAAAAGGACAUUAUAAGGCAGUUAUGAACAUGUUGCACAUUGCAGUCCCUGAAUCUAUUAAAAAAAGUAGAACAGCUACACAAAAUCAUUUAUGUUCAGUGUAUCUUAAGAACCCUUUCAUCCAGUACAUCUCAUCAAACCUAUUACAGCUAAAUUCAUUAUUGACCUGCUAUUCAAAUGGCUGCUAGUAACAGUAAUCCUGGUCUUCAAUGGACAAUGCUAGUCUAGAUGUAAGUAUAGAAUCUAAUGUUAUCUACUAUGGAAUAUGCUAACAUAAUACAUUGCAAAUGGAUGUUUUUUAAUAACACUUGCACAAUAUUAAAAACAAUUGUUUGGUAACCUGUAAAAGAUGGAGAGGUCAAAUGAAAUGAUGGAAGAUAAUAUCAAAUUAUUAAAUGUAAA